UUUCCGCGAAUUACAAAGAAAUUAUUUUUGGAGUAAAUUUUCUCUCUUCAACUAUUUCUAGGUAUAAUUUUGUCUUUUUUUUCCCUUUAAAUAAAAAAAAGUUUUUGUACCUAUAUUCGUUAUGUGUGCGCAUGUUCAAUUUUUUAAGAAAUAGAUUUAUCGCAAUCGCUGCUUCCUCUAAUUAUUUUGGAGGUGAAGAAAGACUAGUAGAAGUAAUUCAACAGCAAAAACAACAGAAGAGACAUUUGGUCCCACCUACUUCCGGUGUUAAUAAAAAAGAAGAAGAAAAGAGUGUGGAAAGUGUUUCUUCUUCUAACUCGUAUCAACAACAAAAACAACAAAAAUUAAAUAAAAUGACAGAAAUAAAUACUUCAAUUGACUCUAAUUUAAUGGAUGAAAAAUAUUUUUUAAACAAAUUUGAUGAAUACGAGAAGGAAGAUAGUUGGGAUAAAGUUUUCUCGAAAGUAAACUCAGAAUCAGACAGUCAAGCAAAAAAGUUGAGUUUAUGUUGCAAUCUUUCAAACAAUUUUCAUGAAAAGAAUAGAUACAGAAAUGUGUUGCCUUAUGACCAAAACAGGAUAAAGCUUCAAAGCGCUUCUUCAGAGCACGAAGCUUAUAUUAAUGCCUCUCCGUUGGAGUUACCUUUCGCUAAGCGAAAUUAUAUAUUGACUCAAGGACCUUUGCCAAACACUACGGGAGAUUUUUGGCAAAUGAUUUAUGAACAGAACGUUUCAAUUUGUAUUAUGCUCAGUAAAGUUAUGGAAAAGAGCUUUGUCAAGUGUCACUCAUAUUUUCCUCACAAAGACUCCCCCAAAUCAAAAUUUGACCGUUUUGAAUGUCUACUUGAACAUGAAGAAAUUCGCCCAAAUUAUAUUAUUCGUCGAAUUUGUUUGAAACCUUUAGACUCUUUUAAACAAAAUAAGAAGGCAGCAACAAAUAAUUUUGUGACCCCAAGUAAUUCACCUACAAAAUCUGUUGGAAGUGAUGAAAGUGGUGGGGAUGGAGGUGAAAAUAUUGGAACGACUAAUUUGGAUAAUAGUGAAGAUAAAUCGAGGAUAAUUCAUCAUUUUCAGUUUACAACCUGGCCAGACUUUGGUGUUCCAGAAGACACAGACCAAUUUUUAGAAUUUUUGGAAGAAGUUAGACGAACUCGUGAAAUGAUAUUGACUACUCCUAAUCAAAAGGAAAUUAUUUCGUUGGAAGCUGAAGGUUCUUCUCAAUCAAACAAUCCACCAAUUGUUUGUCAUUGCAGUGCAGGAAUUGGAAGAACUGGAACAUUUGUAAUUGUUGACAGUGUCCUGAGCAUGAUUGAAAUGAAUCGAAUUAAUAAACAAAAUUUGCCGAAUUUGGAGAAUAAUAAUGGAGCCACAAACAACAACAGCCAAAUUUUGACUUUAAAUAAAGAAGAAGGUGCAAAACAAUCACAAAAACACAAACAAAAUUUAAAUUCUUUAGAAUCUUUAGUUGUUUUUAUACGAAAGCAUCGAAUGGGUUUAAUUCAAACACCUCAACAACUUCGAUUUUGUUGGAAAACGAUUGUUGAUUGGAUAAACAAACAGCAAAAACCACAACAACAAUUUCCAUUAUCUCCAAAAUCACCACUACCUACAGCUACAACAACUACAUCUCCACCGCCAAAUAAUGGACGUUCUUCCUUUUCUCCACCAUCAUCGUUUAAAAAUAAUUUUUCUCCUCCUCAACCAACAUCUCCAUUACUUCCUUCUUUAAUACAUGGAUCAACCACCACCACAAACACAACAACUUUAUUAAAUAUUACAACAACAAUAUCAUCAUCUUCACCAUUAUCUUCACCUUUACAUCAACAACAACAGCCAACAUUAAUUACAAGUACAACAACAACAACUCCAACAAAAUCUCCAACAAAAAAUUCUUCUUUAAUUUCUCCCAAAAACAAUCAAAAAGAAGUUGUUAAAGAAGACAAUGAAGAUGGAGAGGAUGACGAUGAAAGAAUGAGUACAAGUACAAGUCGUGGUGGUUCUUCUUCACACCUCAGUUUGGUAUUAUCCUCUUCUGAUAAUUUUAUGUAUUAA